AUGGCCGCCCCCCUCCGAACCGCAGCCACCACGGCUGCCGCAUCCUCCUCCAAAUUCGUCCCCCGCGCCGUCUUCGAAGUCUCCCCCUCGAUAACGCGGUCCUACUUCCUGGGCCACCAUGCCGGCGCCCUAGCCUCGAUGCGCAAGUCCCUCUCGAACAUCGGGCUGAUCCUCGAGUGCCGCGACAGCCGCGUCCCUCUUACGUCCACAAACCCGCUCCUCGAAUCGUCGCUAGCCGGCCGCGACCGCAUCGUCGUGUAUACCAAGGCCGACCUGUGCGCCCCGGGGUCCGCGACGCGCUGGCUCGAGAAGCAGCAGCACCUGCUCUCGGAGUGGCACUCGUCGCAAGCACACGGGGGCGUUUUCGGGGACCACGGCUCCCCCGAUGAAGAGGGCGACGGUGGUGACGGGGGAAGGAGAGGAGCCGCCGCCGACGCCGACGACGACGACGGAGCGGGACUAUCCAGCGGGCGCACCGAGGUCGUCUUCACCGACGAGCGCAACCCGCGCAGCAUCCAGAAGCUGCUCGACCGGAUCCGCGCGCGCGCCGCGGCGACGCACUCGCUGACGGGUUUGCGCGCGCUCGUGGUCGGCAUGCCGAACGCGGGCAAGUCGACCCUACUAAACGCGCUGCGGCGCGUCGGCCUACAACUACCCAAGGCGGCGCGCACGGGCGCCCAGCCGGGCGUCACGCGCAAGAUGAGCACGCCCGUGCGCAUCAUCGACGGCACGGAGCCCAGCACCGCGGGGACUUCGGCCGACGCCGGCGCCGCCGGUGCCUUCGUCGUCGACACUCCGGGAGUGUUCGUCCCCUACGUCGGCGACGUCGAGGCCAUGCUGAAGCUCUCGCUCGUCGGCUGCGUCAAGGACGGCCUGGUCCCCGCCGAGACCAUCGCCGACUACCUGCUGUUCCGGCUCAACCUGCUCGAUCCCUCGGCGUACGGCGAGUUCUGCCCCCCCACCAACGACGCGGCCGAGUUUCUGGAGGCCGUGGCGCGCCGCACGGGGAAGCUGCUGCGCGGCGGCGUGCCGGGCACCGAGCAGGCUGCCGACUGGGUCGUGCAGCAGUGGCGCAAGGGCACGCUGGGCCGCUUCGGGUUGGACGACGUGAGCGAGGAGAACCUGCGGCGGCUGGCGCGGAGGGCGGCCGAAGGGGGUGGGGAGAGCAAUCUGAGUAUGAACCAGGCGCGCAGGCAGGAGAAGGAGGCGCGCAAGGCGAGGAGUAAGGCCAAGAGGGCGGCGGCGGGUGAUGGAGGUCAAGGGGGCUGA